AUGGCACAGGAUGCUACACCAGAGGCGAUUGAAAAGGCCAUCGAGACCUCAAAUGAUUCUGUACAUGGAAGUGACACCACUAUUCCCAAGACAGAAGAACAACCGGCUCCACAAGCGAAUAAUACCGGGUACAACAAUGCGGAGCAUGAAUUCGAUACAGGCUUCACGGCUUGGUUGCAGGUGCUUGGGGCUUUCUUUCUUUUCUUCAAUACAUGGGGCUUGAUCAAUACAUGGGGUGCAUUUCAGACUUACUACGAAGAACAUAUUCUAUCACAUGAAUCGGCAUCAACUAUCUCUUGGAUUGGUUCCAUUGAAUCUUUCCUCCUCAUGUUCAUCGGUGUUGUUUCGGGCCCUCUAUUCGAUGCUGGCUAUCUCCCGGUCCUCCUGCCACUUGGUAGUUUCAUGGUCGUCUUUGGUUAUAUGAUGACCAGUCUUGCCACUGGAUACUAUCAAGUCAUGCUGGCACAGGGUAUCUGUGUUGGUCUUGGUACCGGAUUCUUAUUCGUGCCAUCGGUGGCCCUUUUGCCACAAUACUUCCGGAAAAAACGAGCUCUAGCAAACGGACUCGCAGCUUCCGGUAGCAGUUUUGGCGGUGUUAUCUACCCGAUUAUGUUCGAUCAGCUUCAGAAACAUGUUGGCUUCCCCUGGGCAACCCGAGCCAUCGCAUUCGUGUCAUUGGGUACAUGCACCUUGUCAUGCCUCGUCCUACGUGCGCGUUUUCUUCCAACAGAACGUCGAUCUUUGAUCCAGCUCUCUGCUUUCAAAGAAAUUCAGUUCUCGCUAUUUUGUCUCGGGCUGUUCAUGGGCUUCCUGGGGUUCUACAAUUUCUUGAUCUAUGUCCAACCCUGGGCAAUCCAGAAUGGAAUUGUAAACUCCAAUCUAGGGUUCUAUCUCGUCUCCAUUCUGAACGCUGCCUCGAUCUUUGGUCGUAUCGCACCGAAUCUGAUUGCCGAUUAUACAGGCCCACUCAAUAUUCUCUUACCGGCUGCUAGCUUCACGGCUCUAAUGGCUUUCUGCUGGAUUGCCGUUAAUUCAACUGCGGGAAUCAUUAUUCUUGCUCUUCUUUAUGGCUUCUUCUCCGGAGGCUUCGUCUCUCUACCCCCCGUCGUCAUGAUGGCCAUCACUAAGGACUUUAGAGAUCUCGGAACUCGACUGGGCAUGUGUUUCAGCCUUUGCUCCAUUGCUCUCUUAGUUGGCACACCGAUUGGUGGCGCGAUUCUGUCUGCUGGUAAUUCCUACCUUGGCGUACAAUUGUUUUGUGGGGCUUGUCUUGCAGUUUGUGCGGUGGUCAUCCUGAUUAUUCGGGUCAUUCGUGUUGGAUGGAGGUUGACUGCUCGAACGUGA